AAAGACCUCAUUCUCGUGUUUUUCUCUUGCGAUGAUACGGUUCUUCUCCGAUCAUCGAGAUCCAUUUUACAUGAACGAAACGAACGCGAAUGAUUAGACCAGCUGACGUUUUGAUGUGAAUUCGCGAAUCGCAAUGUCGACAAGCACCAUAAGUCCCUCGCUGAAGAUCGGUCUCGCUCUGAUCGGCAUGUGGCCUGGCUCUUCGUACGGAACGUUCUUCUGGCUCUUUUAUAUGGGCAGUCUCAUCGCCAUGCAAUAUUUUCAAUAUUCGUACUUUUUUGCGCAUCUCGGCACAAAUGACUUCUCCAAGCUAAUGGACGGCCUGAGCAUCACUCUGGAUUAUACCCUGACGUUUUUCAAACUGUUGAGUCUCUGGCACAAUCGUCGGUAAGUUCCGCAAUCUGUCGGCCGUCGUGAUCCCUGGACAUUAAUCCAGAACAAUUGUAAAUCGAUUGCAGAAUAUUCUCGGAUAUUUUGGGCACGAUGAACGACGACUGGAACAACUGCCCCACA